AGGCAGACAGUAGGCCUUUACUAGAUGCGUGAGUUUCAAAACGGACUCUAGCUACCUUUAGUUAGCUUCGGUUACCUAGCAACCAAGCAUAAUACUCGUAGCAAUGCUACUACCUGCUAGUGUUACUUGUUAGCCUCCUAUUUGUACAUUUUGAAGUCAUAGUAUAGUGUUUGUCAUUUAGUUUUUGUCUAUGGAAAAUAGUCAAUUGCAAUGUUCUAAAUCGCACAUGUGCGACGUGCUGUGAGACCCGCAUUCAAACGACCACAUUUGUGCGACGCUACUUCUUAACGGCUUAAUAAUUAGUUUUAUGUUUAUGUUAUCAGAUUAUAUAUUUACAGUGUGGUUGAAUGUGUUUUCCAGCUGCUAGUAUAAGCGCAGACAUGCUUCCUAGUCUCUCCAAGGAGGACUUGCGUGAUCUCUUUCCGGGGCCUGAGCAGUUCUUCAGAAGGAAAGACAUUUGGAGAAUUUCACAUGAUGAAAAUGAGGGUGAAGAGUCAGGUCAGCUUAGACCAGGCACCUCCUCUGGAACCUGUGAUGCCAGCCCUGUUCCCUCAACCCCAUUGUCCUCCUCAUCCUCCUCCACCCCUCUCCUCUCUUCUAACCCAAGAAACCAACAUGGUAACAGCAGAACCGUACAACUUGUAAGCCCACAGUAUGUUGUAUACACAGACACCGAGCUGAAGCAGUCAAGAAGUGUAUUUUUUGAGAAACAGCGGGCUGGACAAGAAGGAAACUAUACACUCUCCAAAGAUCUUCGUUGUCACCUAAUAAGGAAUACGGUAACAAGCAUGAUUGCCAUCAAGAGAGCUGCAAGGGAUGACUUCCAGUAUCCAUGCAUCCGUGAACUAUCUGUAAUGGCUAAGCGUCUCAUAGAGUACUACCCAAUGUUGCAGGACAAAUCUCCAGCCGGUGGAGCUGAGUGGGAAUCUGUGAAAAAGCAGCUUUUGAAGAGGGUCCAGAAUGUGACAACCCCCAAAAAGAAGCAGGGAGCGACUCCUUUGAGAAAGAGGCGUUGGGCCCUUAGCUUUGAGAGCAGCAGUCAGGAAACAUUUACUGAUGACACUGAUGAGUCCACUGCUUCAACUUUGAUCUUGGAAAGACCAAGAUGCAGUUCCCCGGAGGCUGAACAGGUGGAUGGUAAGAACACAUAUUAAGAUUGUGUUUUGGUAUCAAUGCAACGUUUACUGUUAACAAUGGAGAAUACCAUCUCUUUAAAUGAGUUCAUCUAACAAUAAUGUCAUACCUCUUAAACCCUAUGGGGUCUGGGAGCUGUGGCUAACCUUAAAGAGAGAGAGAGCUUCAAAACUAAUCUUGGUCUUUUUGGUUAAACCUCAUAUUAUCUAUUGUCAGUAACAGUUACAAUGUUAGUAAGUUAAAUGGUCUCCAAAUGAAGUAGUUUUAUUGUUAUCAAAAGUGAAAGAGAAAAACUUGGAUAUGGACUGAUGUUGCAUUAAAGCCUUGUCCUUAAGAAACCUUUAAAACAGACCAAACUAAUACCAGACAUGAAAAUCCCUCACCUUUUGGCGAAAAUCGCCGUUUUGAAAUCAAAAUAAGUGACCUACGUGAAUCGUGUAGAUUCGAUGAGAAA